AUGGAUGGCAGGAAUUAUUCUGUGGUGUCCGAACUUGUGUUUCUUGGACUCACCAAUUCGUGGGAGGUCCAGCUUUUCCUCCUUGUGUUCUCCUCUGUGCUCUAUGUGGCAAGCAUGGCUGGAAACACCCUCAUUGUGUUUUCUGUGACUGUUGACCCUCACUUACAUUCCCCCAUGUAUUUCCUACUGGCCAAUCUCUCCUUCCUUGACUUGGGGGCGUGCUCCACUGCUUCCCCCAAGAUGAUUUAUGACCUUUUCAGGAAGCACAAAGUCAUAUCCUUUGGAGGUUGUAUUGCUCAGAUCUUCUUCAUCCAUGUCAUUGGUGGUGUGGAGAUGGUGCUGCUCAUAGCCAUGGCUUUUGACAGAUAUGUUGCGAUAUGCAAACCUCUUCACUACUUGACCAUAAUGAGUCCACGAAUGUGUAUUUUAUUUCUGACUGCUGCCUGGGCCCUUGGUAUUAUUCACUCACUCUUCCAGCUGGCAUUCAUCAUUAACUUACCUUUCUGUGGCCCUAAUGUAUUGGACAGCUUUUACUGUGACCUACCCAAGCUUCUACGACUGGCCUGCAGAGAUACUUAUAAACUACAGUUUAUGGUCACGAUAAACAGUGGAUUUAUUUGUGUUGGAUCUUUUCUUAUACUCCUCAUCUCCUACAUCUUUAUUCUGUUUACUGUUUGGAAACAUUCAUCCAGUGGUACAUCCAAGGCCCUCUCUACUCUGUCAGCUCACAUCACUGUGGUCUUUUUUUUCUUUGGCCCAACCAUGUUUGUCUACACAUGGCCAAAUCCCAAUGCCCAGAUGGACAAAUUUCUCGCUCUCUCUGAUGCAGUUCUCACUCCUUUCCUAAAUCCAGUCAUCUACACCUUGAGGAAUAAAGAGAUGAAGACAGCAAUGAAAAGAGUUUUUAAACCACUCAUGAUUUUUAGAAAGAUUUCAUGA